GGAUUGUGGCCAACAGUGGCCGUGCAACAGGGGUGGCCAUCAACGACAGAGACCAGUUCUCCAUUGAUGCUGCGCUGAUCCUGUCCACCCUUGCCCACGCAGCAUUUGGGCUGGAUGGAGAGGAGAAUAUUCCUCCCGACACGCUCCUGGGCAUGGUGUGGUUCCCAGAGGAGCUGCUGAG